GGUUCUCAGUAGUCUUUGAUCAUAUUCUAUGAGUUAACCUUCAAAACUAAUGUUUUGAGUUGUCAAUGUGGUGUAGGGAAGAGUUGAAUUCAUCACCAAGAUUUCGUAUUUUUGAGGUAAAGGCGGUGUAUUGUUUUCAAGAUGGCCAAGAGUUUACGCAGUAAAUGGAAGAGGAAAUGUCGAGCAGUAAAACGUGUGAGGUAUGGACAAAAAGAAUUGGAAAGGCUGAAAAGUAUUUUAGGCGUAGACAAAACGCAGGUGAAAACUGAAGAUCUUGAUAUAUCAGAUAUAGCAGAAGUCAAAACAGUUGAAGAUAUCAAGAAACCAUCUGAAACGAGUGCCGUUGAGGAAGUUAUGGAUGUUGACGAUUCUUCAUCCAAAGUAAAUUUAAAGAAAUUACGAAACAAAAAUGGUUCGUAUCCUGUCUGGUUACAUCCCAGGAAAAUUCCCAAAAAGUCCAAAAAGCAGAAGAGGAAAAUUCAGAAAAGAAAGGGUUGUAAAUCAUGAUUGUAUUUCCAAUGUUGAAUUUGCUAAAAUAUGUAAAUAGAAAUAAAUCCAUACCUAAUACUUUCAUA